AUGACAUGCCGGGACGUACUUUGCGACGGGCGCUCCAGGAGCAGGGUGCUGGUGCCAGGCAGCUCCCCCAGCGGCUUGCGCCCCCGCGGGUUCGCUAUUACGGAUCUUCUGGGCCUGGAAGCUGAGGUGCCCGCGCCUGCCGGCCCCGGGCCAGGAUCUGGCUGCGAGUCCUCCGUGGCCGCACCCUGUACGGGUUCGGGUCUCGCGGGCUCCUGCAUGGCGCGCGGGGCCCUCCCAUUGGGGCUCGGCCUUCUAUGCGGCUUCGGCGCACAGCCCCCCGCGGCCCCUCGGGCGCCUUGCCUGCUCAUGGCCGACGUGCCGUUCCUGCCACCCGGGGCGCCUGAACCCGCUGCCCCGCAAGCCCCUGGUCGCCCGCCGCCCCCUCUCGGCAGCCAGAAGAGCAGCGAGAGCGUCUCGACGUCCGAUGAGGACAGCCCAUCUGAAGAUAGGAGUGACCUGAAGGUGUCCCCCACCCUUGGCAAGAGAAAGAAGCGGCGACACAGGACUGUUUUCACCGCCCACCAACUGGAAGAGCUGGAGAAGGCAUUCAGCGAGGCCCACUACCCUGAUGUGUAUGCCCGGGAAAUGCUGGCUAUGAAAACUGAGCUCCCUGAAGACAGAAUACAGGUCUGGUUUCAAAACCGGAGGGCCAAGUGGCGGAAGCGGGAGAAGCGCUGGGGUGGCAGCAGUGUGAUGGCGGAAUAUGGGCUCUAUGGGGCCAUGGUGAGACACUGCAUCCCGCUGCCAGACUCUGUCCUCAACUCCACCGAGGGUGGCCUGGUUGGUUCCUGUGCACCAUGGCUUCUGGGGAUGCAUAAAAAAUCCACAGGGAUGAUAAGAAAACCAGGAAGUGAAGAAAAGCUGACAGGACUCUGGGACUCAGACCAGCUCCAGGAAGGUUCUAGCCCAAGGCAGACAGGAUCCCAGAGAAGCUCAGAUGAAGCCAGCCCUGAGAAUGGCUUGGAAGAUAUGGCCAUUGAUCUCUCCAGCUCUGCCCGGCAGGAGACCAAGAAAGUACACCAGGGCACCAAUGCUAGAGGAUGCUCAGACUCCUCAGGGCUGGAGGGGCUCCAGCCAGGGAAGGUGGGAGUCUGA